UUGUAAAUAAUGUAAUACACCAAUCACCAAUGCUAGGUAAAUCUGUACCAAACGUAGAAGUCGUAUAACAUACGUAUUAUAUACUUACCGCGCUUACUUUAAUAUUAUACGUUAUCCGUCUUACGUUGGUUGUCGUCGUUCUUAGCUGACCGUUCGACGAUAAUAUAAUUAAAUAACAAUACUAUAUUACUAUUAUUAUUAUGGUUUUUCGAACGCCGAUCGCAUCGUCCGGCCCGCAUAGGCAGAAUUACCGUGAGCAGCUGUAAUGACAUUUCAAGAACAGGUCGUCCCGCCUCCGUCGAACAACGAUACAUCGACGAUCGGGUGUCUGCACGGUCUGUCCACGUUCGCCAAGCUCUACUCGCUCACCGUACUCGACGACUGUUUCUCGGUGUCGGACCUGCGCGCGGUGGUUGUUCGGGCCCUGUGCGACACACUGCACUUUGUCAGCUUCGACCGAUUCCAGGUCGACAUAUUCAACUCGCUAGUGCUGUUCGAGUGUCUGCUGCUAGUCCUGUUGAUAUUCGUUUGGGGCAAGUACAGCGGAGACAUCUACGAGCGUUUCCUGUCCACCGACACAGUUGUCGAUGAACUAAGGGAGGACGUGUCUCAGUUGAAGCUACCCAAAUCAUACACCCCGCGCAUAUAAUGAGCGACAAAUUAAAAAAAUUUUUCCAAAAAAAAAAGGCUGACGUGAAGUUCAAAAGAGCGGGGCCCGGUCACCGUCUGAAUGAAGGCGCCACCACAGCCAAGACUGUAACCAAACCGGGCGAGACAUCUCGCGCCUGUAGAGUUGAACCUACCGAUGAAGCCAAACAGGCUGCGGCCGCAGCCUUAGCCCGGUUUGAGAGUAAAAAGACCACCACUGGCCCUCUUAACAUUUCGUUGGCUGCAAUCAAGUCGAGAGCUAGAAAAGAAAUGGAAGCUGAGAGAAAAAACGUGGAUCAAAACAUUGAUACGUUUACAUAUUCAGAAGAAGAAAAUACGAGUGCUGAAGUCCCUAGACAAUUAGCUGCUAGUGGUAUUUUUUUCCAAUGUCCGAUGAUAGGCCUAGAAGUUUUGCCACAAGAAGAAUGGCAUGUAAAAAUAGAAGAAUUUAUUAAAGAACAAAUGAAAGAUGAUCCUAUAUUACAAUCAAUUCUACUAAUCCAAAACUGCAAUCACAAUAGAACCAAGGUUGAAGAGUGCAUUAAGUUGCUAGUAACAUAUGCAGAAAAUAUUAUUAGAAAUAAGGAUGAAGAAAAAUAUCGGAAAGUCAGAUUAACGAAUAAAACAUUUGUGGAAAAAGUGUUACCUAUUAAGGGAGCAAUUGAAUUCUUAGAAUCUAUUGGAUUUGUUAGAAAAAGACUUAUGUACCAAGAACAGGAAGAAGAUUUUUUAGUUUUCCCAGAAGAAUGUUUAUGUAAUUUAGGCUCAGUGCAAAGCAGUGUGGACGACUUGCAGACUGCAGAACGCAUUCAAUUGGUGUUGGAUAGAAAUGCUCAGGUUCUUUUACCGUCACAGGCAUCAAAACAAGUGUCACUACCCCCAGAGUUUUUUAUAGUCUCUACUACUGAAAUAAAAGCAGAACAUCAAAAAAGAACUGAAAAAUUGGAGAGUGAAAUGAUUCUGAAGACUAAAAACAUGCGUAUGAAGGAACAAAAUAGAUACAAAUCAAAUUACAAGUACUGUUUGAUUCGAGUGAAGUUUCCAGACUGUUUGAUUUUACAGGGAACAUUCAGUGUCAAUGAACACUUGUCCGACGUACUGGAAUUUGUUAAAGAAAGCGUAUUUGACGAAGAGCGUCCAUUCAAGCUGAUACUAUCCAGUGGAAGUACAUUUGGUAACGAGCACGAGAACAUGACCUUAAGUGAAUUGAACUUAGUGCCUACCACUGUUUUACUCUUCACAAACGAUCCACCUGAAAACAAUGAGGAACAUCCAUAUUUAAAAGACGAGCUAAUGGCAUUGGUUCAGUAAACACUAAAUACAUUAUUAUUUUUUCUAAUCAAUUGUGAUAAAUUUCAAUAACCAAUUUUAUUGUGUAUUGUGUAACUUAUACUUGGGUACAAUCAAUGGAUAUAUUUAAAUAGUUUUUUUUUGACUUUAUUAGUAAAAUGAUAUAAUUUAUUUCAUACUUUGUGAUACAUAAAUAAAAAAAAAUAUGUAUUACUAAAAAUUUAACAUUACUUUUCUGUUAAUUUCAUUAUAGUGCUUCAUUUAUACCAGCCACAUAUCCUUAAAACACUGCAUAGAAAUUAUUAUUGUUAUUUUGGUAAGGUAAACAUAUUUCUAAAUUUCAUAUUAUAUUAAAAUUUUGUUGGAAAAAUAAGUAUUAUGUACAUGUAAAUUAAAAUGUUUUUUCAAAAUGUACUCAGCAAUUAUUAAAACAUAUUAUUGUAAUAUUGUGUAUUAUUAUGGUAAAAUAAAUUAACAAUUUA